AUUCGUGUUGGAAUAAUGAGCACCUACAGAAACUAUGUUCCUUGGAAUAAAUCUUCAAGUUCUUCAAGUAGUUACUCCAGUUCUAAUAAGAAGGAAACAGUUCCCAGUUACGAGCCAAGUUAUCAACGUACUCGGUCAAAUUCAGUCAAAAACAAUGAUGAGGAGAAAUGUUCAACAUCUCGCAUUGCUUCCAAAUAUAGCGGCGCCUACACAACUAGCUACCAGCGUGACACUGGUGCUCUGCGGGACUCAGGAAAAUCAGAUCAUGGAAGAGUUAAACCCCUUUUGGACAAAAAAGACACGCUGCAUCCUCCAGUGUCUUAUCGACCUGUAUCUCGUACAGGAGCCCGAUCUCGUGAUCCCAGUCCCAUUGAUAAAUCGGAGAAAACUUCAUCAUCGGCUUCUUCGACAAGUUACAACAUGAACAGACUUUAUCCGAGACCGUAUACACGAUCUGCCAGCAGAGAAAGGUUGGAUUCUGGAAGUUCCUCGACCACCAUCCCCAAAUACACAGGUAGAUCUUCGAUAUCAAAGGACGAUUUGAUUCCUAAAUACACCGGUAGGUCGUCGAUAACAAAAGACGAUAGUAUCUCCAAAUAUUCAUCUAGAUCUUCAUCGUCAAAAGAUGAUGUACCUAAAUACAUAGGUAAAGCAUCGACUAGCAAAGACGAGUCAUUAUCCCGAUAUAAAGGUGCUCGUGCAUCUCGGGAAGAUCUGCAAAAGUACGGUUCAAGACCUUCCAAGGAUGAUACUCCAAAAUAUUUAAGCAGGUCUUCCACAUCUAAAGAUGAAGCUACUUCUCGAUAUAAAACUAAUCGAACUACAUCUAGAGAGGAUCUAUCAAGUCAGAAAUAUAUUAAUAGUAGAUUCCUUCCUAAAAACUCAGUUGAAAAGAGUUAUACGGCAUAUACAAGACCAUCCACAAUUCGAGUAAACGAAACAAGUCGUAGAAACAAAGAAUUACUAAGUGUUUUACACGCACAACAAGAACAAGAACGUCUUAGUCGACCUACAAGUCGGUGUUCUUCAGCAGCUCCUGAGGACAUCCUACAUAGAGAGUUGCCAAAGCCAGAACAUCAACCAAGUCCAAAACCUGAAGAACUCGAAAUGGAAACUGUGACUGUUACAACUAGAGGUACAUCACCAUCGCAUUCUCCUACACCAAGCAAUUUUCUUAGAAGCCGUAGAAUCGAGGUUGCCAAAGUAAUAGAAAAACAAAUCACAAGACCAAAAAUAAGGCGGAAUAUGGUAGAUAAGGAAAUACAGUCGGACAGAUUGGACGAUUCAACUAAAUCAAGUCGGUUUGCGGGUGCUUCGAGAAUUUCCGCAACACCAUGGUCAUCAAUUCUCGACAUGAAAUUCUCCAGCCCAGUUACGAAACAAAAAGAUUCUAAACAAGGUGAAUGUGCAGAUUCGGAACAUUCUGAGGAUAGGGUGAGAAAAAGUAGUUGCGACAGUCCAAAAAGUAUAUCCAGGGCAAGUUCUACAAAGAGUGUAAGUCAAGGAUCGUCAAAAUCUGACGGAAAGCCAAAGGACAAAAAGUCGCCUUCACCUUCAUCGGGUAAAUCUAAAUUAACACCACCAAAACAAAUGCAUGUUACCGAUAAAAAGCAGUUGCCCCCUCAAAUACCAAAGAAUGAAGUUUCCAAUAAAAACCAAUCAAUACAUUCCACAAAUUUACAAAACAAAGAUUUCCGAAAGUCCGUUCUAAAUAUGAAUCCUGAAGGCAAAGGUAAAAAGAAACUGGGCAGAAGAAGCAACUCGGCCAGUUCCGCCGACUCCGACCAAUCUGCGGCGGAUCCCGAGGCUACGGACGUGUCCGAAAAUUUGGCGACGUGUGCUUCGUAUCACAGCAAUAGCAUUCCUUCAAAACUGCCACAAAAAGUCUCAAGUUUAGUUCAAAGAAGUAGGCGGUCGCCGAGUUCCGACACGAGCAGUUCCAGUUCUUCGACGGGAAGCGAAGAUGACUCGAAGCAAAAAAAUAAAAAUCACCAUAGCGCCGGUUCUUCGCGCACAUCGGUUGUGCUGUCAUCAGCAGAUGAAUUAUCAACGGAUAAGUCGCGGAGAACACCGCACAGUCCUAAGCCGAAGGAGAACAUAAAACCGGAAACGGUGGAGGCCAAAUCCUUUUUAAUGAGGGCGUUAGCUCCGGUUACGAGUUUAUUCAAAGGCAAACAUCAAGAGCCCGAAAAGACCGUACAAAAUAUCGGCCAGGAAAAAAUGCAGAGCAAUGCGCAGCACCCAGUAGAAAUUCCAGUUGCCAAACCACGCCAUGCGAAGUUGAUGUUGGUCAAAGUAGAGCCGGAUGAGUCUACUUGGUGCGUUGAGCAGCCGUCUUCGCACUCAGCCAGUUUAAAUAGCGACGAGGCACAUCCAAAGAAACUUCAGACUUCUGAUGCGAAGCCGUUUUUGAGGCACGUUGAAUCAGGAGAAAUUCCUUGGUGGUUGGAUGAAAAAUCAGAAAUCCCCGAGGGAGUGGACACGUAUCCUAAUUAUGUUAGAGAAGACGGAACUACGGCUGAUGGGACAAUAAUUUUUAAAGUUAGGCAUAAUGAUUCUGAUGAUUCAAGUUGGUGGAUGGAUGGUAGUGAAAAAUCAAAAUCAGAUUUUAAUAAUAUUAAAAAUGUAAACGUAGAAGGUAAAACUGAAGAUGGCAGAAUUUUAUAUAAAGUUAGACAUAACGAAUCAGAUGAGAGUAGUUGGUGGCUCGAUAGUAGCGAAAAAAGUAAAUCAGACUCUAAUAAGCAAAAUGUACCUUCGAAUUAUGUACAAAUUGAGGGCACAACUGAUGAUGGAAGAGUCAUAUAUAAAGUGAGACACAAUGAUUCAGACGAAAGUAGCUGGUGGUUAGACAAUGAUAAGUCCAGGAGCGACUCAGGAAAACGAAAUGUUAUACCCAUUAAUCUCUAUCAAAAUGAAGAUGGAAGGAUAGUUUACAAAAUACGACACAAUGAUUCUGACGACACCAGCUGGUGGCUAGACAGUAGCGAUAAAACAGACUCAAACAAACAGAACAUCAUGAACAGUGAUUAUUUAGAACAACAUAAAAUUCGUCACAUAGACUCUGGUGAACGAGCUUGGUGGUUGAAUAGUGCUGAAAAUAUUCCUGAAAUGGUACAACUACAAGAAGAGCAAGAAAAUAAAUCAAAAUAUGCAAUACGUCAUCAGGAUUCAGGAGAAAAACCUUGGUGGUUGGGGAAUCCGGAGAAGGCGGAGUCUGACAAUGAAUCGGAAAAUGAUGUGCCCUUGGGAGACCGUGCUAGUCCUGAGGGAUUAGAAAUGCCAAAGGACCAAGGUCGACUUAGUCCCUACGACAAUGUUCCUGUCAUGGUAGACAAGAACAAAAAACGAAACAUGAAUUUGUUUAUAUCGAAGCACACCAACAUCGAUGACAUCCUGGGGGGUACAGCACAGUUGUGGAGUCCUGUCAUGGACAAAAUGUUCAGCUAUGAUGGGAAGCCGGAUGAAUGUACGGAAAUUGAUCCUCGGCAGGUUAUUAUCCACGAGAAUAGUCCGCAGCGAGGUGUAAUUCAUCCUAAUAGAAUAGACAGCAUUGGAGGAAUUACAAAGACAUAUUCGCCAUACGGAAAGUUGGAUGAUGCGGCACUUCAGUUAUACAAAGAUGGGGAUUAUGGCUCUUACCUUGACCUCGAAGCCUCUAUAAGCGAACAACAAGAGGAGUUUGAGGGAUUUCAAUCGAACAAGAAGAAUUCCAUUGUUCUUCGGACUCAGCUUUCGGUGCGCGUACACACGAUCAUAGAAAAACUAUUAACAUCCGAAGGAAGGGAGUUGCGACGAGCCCUAUUUUCUCUCAAGCAAAUUUUCCAAGAGGAUAAAGAUUUGGUUCACGAGUUUGUUCAGAACGACGGUUUAUCAUGUCUCAUCAAAGUUGGUUCAGAGGCGGACCAAAAUUACCAAAACUACAUCCUGCGUGCCUUAGGACAAGUCAUGCUUUAUGUGGAUGGUAUGAAUGGCGUAAUGGAACAUAAUCAGACCAUUCAAUGGCUGUACAGUUUAAUAUCUUCGAAAUUUCGACUGGUUGUGAAAACAGCUUUAAAAUUGUUGCUGGUUUUCGUCGAAUACACCGAGUCCAACUGCAUGUUACUCAUCAAAGCCAUUCACACGGUUGAUUGUUCACAAGGACUGUUACCCUACCAUAACAUCAUGAAACUACUGAAAGACUUCGAUUCAGCCGAUACAGAACUGCUAAUUUAUGCUACCACUUUGAUAAAUAAAAUCCUUAAUGGUGUGCCAGACCAGGACACUUACUAUGAUCAGACUGAUGUUCUAGAAGAACAAGGCAUUGAAGCUAUUAUCCAAAGAUACAUGUCAAAACCCGGAACUGACUUAGACCUUUUACAACAAUUCCAAAUAUACGAGGCAGUCCUGCAAUACGAGGACGGAGAAGACCUGGGAACUCCAAUCAGACACUUGGACGAAAGCAUCAGGAAAACUCUACGUAGCAGGAAAUCGGUGUCGGAUAGCAAUGCUGAAAGAAGGAAAAGUCGUCGUCACUCAACCGGAAAUACACCCUUAUACACAGGAAUAAGUAAUCGUAACAUCAUAAAUAACUUGAACAACAGUCUGAACAACAACGUGCAAAAGGAAGACGACGAAUCUUCUAGUUCACAGUCAUCGGACAUCAAUUCGCAACUCAACGGAAGCUACAAGGAUAGUAACAAAGCUAUUGAUGCUGGCGUGACACCUGCUCUUAAAAGACGACGAGAAAGAGCUGAGAGGCAGAGGAGUUUUAUGAGGGAACAACAAGAAUCUGUGGCACUUCUUAAGGGAAAUGUACAAAAUAACGAGGAGAAUAACAAAAAUGUUGAGAAUGGCAAUUAUACUAACGCCUUGCAACAAAGAAUUGCGAAUGGAAAUGUUUUAAACAGUAACUAUACAAGAAAGGAUUUAACCCCCCUACUGAACGCUGUGAACAAGCUGGACACCGAGGAUAGCCUCACAAAACAACCGUGGAUACUUUCAAUGAUACAAAACCAGGAAAACAUUGAAGAAACCGAGAACGCGAACGAAAACGAUCGAAAUUUAAUAUUGCAAUUGCGCAGGGAAAACACCGUAAAAGAUCUCACCCAGAAGUUAGCUAAUCAGAACAUCCUUCAAAGCCCAUCUGAAGAGAACAAAGUGAAUCGAAUUGGCGAUAUGUCAGGACUAAUUUCUAAAGCUAAAGAAGGUUUAGCCAAGUCGAAGUCGAAGGCAGACGUUUUAAAAAGUCCCACGACCGAAAACGUACCAAAAAUAGAAGUGAAGAAAUCCGAAAACGAACUCAGAUGGGAAGAAUUGGUCGCCAACCUAAAUAGACCGCUUAACUUGUGCGACAUGGACUUCACUGACUUGGCUAGCGACGAUGAUACCGAUAUUCUAGCACCUGCUGCAGUGACCAACGGUAUUCCACCACCUCCACCCCCCUUGAGGGAUAUGGGUCCUGCACCGCCCCCUCCGCCCUUGUCUCUUAACAAAAUACCACCACCAGUUCCUCCGCCAGUAUUUGGUGUCAAUCUCCAAAGACCCAACAAACCUAAUGAUAAUACCAAAAUUCCGAUAAAAAAGAACAAGAAGACCGUCAAGUUGUUCUGGAAGGAAGUCCGUGAUGAUCCAAUUUCUACAAUGAAACUGAAGUCUGGAUACAUUUGGGAUGAACUAACGCCAGUCAAUGUUGACACUCAAAAGUUGGAACAUCUUUUCGAAUCUAGAGCGAAAGAUUUAAUAUCGAAGAAACAACAAGAAAUGAACAAGAACAAAGAAAUCAUAGUCCUGGACCCAAAACGUUCCAACGCUAUCAACAUCGGUAUGACCAAGUUACCACCGCCGCGAUCAAUCAAGACUGCCAUUCUAAAGAUGGACGCCACAAUUAUGAACCGAGAAGGCAUAGAAAAACUGUUGACAAUGUUGCCGACUGAGGAGGAAAGAACCAAAAUUCAGGAAGCACAAGCGGCAAAUCCGGACUUGCCACUGGGCAGUGCGGAACAGUUCCUAUUAACUUUAGCUUCCAUUUCCGAACUGCCGGCCAGAUUAAAGUUGUGGGCUUUCAAACUGGACUUCGAAAACUCCGAGAGGGAAAUCGCCGAGCCCCUCAUGGACCUGAAGCAAGGCUUCGAAGUUCUCAAAGUGAAUAAAACUUUCAGAGGAAUUCUAAGCACGCUUUUGUCGAUUGGAAAUUUUCUAAAUGGCAAUGAAGUGAAAGGCUUUCAAAUCGAGUAUUUAGCUAAAGUACCUGAAGUCAAAGAUACAGUCCACAAGCACUCUUUGUUGCAUCAUCUCUGUCAUAUUGUUAUGGAUAAGUUUCCGGAUGCCACGGACUUGUACUCUGAGAUUGGUGCUAUUACCAGGGCAUCAAAAGUAGAUUUUGAUGAGCUGGCUCUGAGCAUACAACGACUAGAAGCGGACUGCAAAGCUUCGUGGGAUCAUUUGAAACUCAUAGCGAAACAUGAUGGAUCCACCAUGAUGAAGGUUAAAAUGUCAGAUUUUUUAGCUGACUGUGCUGAAAGAAUUAUUCUUUUGGGAAUAAUCCACAGAAAAAUCUUAAAUAGGUUUCACAAGUUCUUGUUAUGGUUGGGAGUUCCUUUGCAUCAAAUCUCAGACACCAAACCAAAUGAGUUUUGUAGAGUUAUAUCUGAAUUUGCUUUAGAAUACAGAACUACACGUGAAAGAGUCCUACAACAACUGGAAAAGAAAGCUAAUCACAGAGAAAGGAAUAAGACAAGGGGAAAAAUGAUAACUGAUAUCGGAAAAUUUAAAUCAAAAGAAGACAGAGCUGAUGCCGAACUUAGACAACUGUUGGGUAGUGAUAUAUCAGACGUGGAAAGCAUGCAGGGCACAUUACCUUGGAGGAGGACACGCAGAGAUGGCAAUAGAUUAUUUAUGAGUCCUGCCAAUGGCAAUAUGACAGACGGAGAUGACGAAAUACUCGAAAGUCUCGUGAAAACUGCUACUAAAGGGUCUUCUAGAACCGCCCCCCGGGAAAGGAAGAGGACGAGACAUGCCGACAGGAAAUCUUUAAAACGAUCGCGAACAAGAGAAAAUAUGCCUUUUGGUAGCAGAGAUUCGCCUUAAAUUUACCACUUGGUGCGACGAACACUGAAGAACGGUUUGUCAGAAGAGGAGAAAAAACACCUGUCAGCAUACAUUAAAGGAUACUAACAUUCAACUGAAAAAACCAAAUGCUAAACCCCCUUUCAACUUUAUUUAUUAAUUAAUUACAUCUUGAGGAUGUAAAAUUGUAUACUGACUUUGUUAUGUGAUAAAAAUAUGGCUGCUCACUCAUCUUGUUGUUUUGUACUAUUUAUGAGUAAAUUUAAGUAUAAAUUUAAUUAGAGUUAAGUUUUAUUUAUUUAUGGGAUGAGGACAGCUGUUUUACUGUAUUAAUUUGUGCCUUUUUCCAGUGGCUACUAGUCUUUUGUUUUUCACAUUACACUUUUUUCUUUUACAUUUUAACUUUUUUUAGUAGCUGAUCUUUGAAAAUAAUCGACUGUCUUUGACCUGCCUGUAUCUUAUUACUCUAGGAUUUUUUAUUUCUUUUUCAUUAUUGCUGUGUUUAUAUUAAAUAUAAGUAUUUAACUGUUUAAAACAAUUUAAUGUAAAAUAAAUGAAUUUUGUUAUAGAC